AUGGCUUGGAGCUGUAACACAAAGGUUCAACUGGGUGGAAUGUUUCUCUCGUUCUUCGGGUGGGUCUCGUCCUGUGUUACGACGUUUGUGCCACUCUGGAAGAAUCUCAACUUGGACUUAAAUGAACUGGAGAUCUGGAACAUGGGGCUCUGGCAAGUCUGCAUAAUCCAGGAGGAAGGAGCCAUGGAGUGUAAAGCCCACGAGUCCUUCCUCGCUCUGCCCCCGGACCUGCGGGUGUCCCGAAUCCUGAUGUGCCUCUCAAAUGGACUGGGGUUUCUUGGAUUUGCUCUCUCUAGCCUGGGGUUGGACUGCUGGAAAACAUGCGAAGAGAAACCUGAACUAAAGAAACGGCUACUGCUUUCCGGAGGAGCAGCUUUUGGCACGUCAGGGAUUAUGACCCUCAUCCCGGUUUCGUGGGUCGCCUAUAACACAGUGCUUGAGUUCUGGGAUGAAACUAUUCCCGACAUUGUCCCGAGAUGGGAAUUCGGGGAGGCAACAUUCCUGGGGUGGUUUGCUGGCUUUUUCCUUGCAGCAGGUGGGUUGCUCCUUAUCUAUACCACUUGCUUAAAAAGGACCGAAACACCAUCUAUGCCUGCAGCAGUUUGCCGCCAACGCGCAGCGAUGCAAGGUCCAGCUGGGAUGUCACCUUGGAGCCACCACUCACACCCCAAAAAUGCGGAUCUGGUAAUCUAAGACUUUC